AGAAAGUGGAUACUGAAUCAGUAUAGUAAAAAAAUCAUUUUCGGUGUUUAAAGUUUAAACAGGAAGUGUUGUACAGGAGAUAUUUUUCGAUAUUUGGGACGUUUGUGACUGAUUUAGAUAAAGGUGAUCACUGGUAUUGAUUUCUCUCCUUAGGGUGAAACAUGUCACAGUUUGAUUCCCUCUUGGAUUUUGGGGAUUCCCCACCUUCGGCAACCAAUGGAUCAACUGGACAAAAUUUGGAUGAAUUUGACCCUUUUUCGCCAACGUCCCCCUCUGUGUCAGUGGAAGGGAAAACUACAACAGUUCAAACUGGAAAUCUUUUAGAUUUUGGUUUUGAUUCAACGGUAAAUAAUUCCCAACAACAGAAUGGUUUGAAUAGUGACCCAUUUAACGGCCACCAGUUUGAAGAUCCCCCUUCUAACACCAAUCCCCUGUACGAGAUGUCGAGCUCCGACAAUCCAAACCCGCUAUUCGAUUAUCAAAACACGGAAAGUGAAUUUGCAAAUGAAAUCCUCAAUGCUGUAGAGUCCAAUCAAAACACUCAACAAAAAUCAGCCAAUCCUUUGUACGAUUUUAUUGACAACGAGGAAAUCGAUGAUGAGGCUUUAUUUCCCCCGUCGCCUACUAAAUCGCAAUCACCAGAAAAAUCACCAUCCAAAUCGCCACCUCCGUCAAAUCCUCUCUACGAGUACGCAGAAAACCAAGGAGAUGACUCGUCAACGCAGCGUUACGAGGCUGAAGAGGAGGAGUCAUAUAUCACAGAAACGUCAAAUAUAACAGAAGAUGGUGGACAUCAGGUGAACCGUGAAGAAACAAGUUAUGAUUAUUCAAAUAAUGGAGAAGCUUUAGACGAUUCCUAUCAACAGGAACAAUAUCAAGAAGAAGUUCCAGAAAACCGAUAUUCUGGUGGAAACUGGGAAGGUGGAGAAACUGUCACCACAGAAACAUUUUCGUCAUCAAGCACAGGACCAGAAGGGGAGGUAAUAACAGAAACUGUUGUUACUCGAACAAGUAAAUCACGAAGUAGAAGUCCUGAAAUCGUGGAAACUAGGAGUAGUGAGCUGGUUUAUACGCCAGAAGACGAAGCUGAAGAUGAACACAUUUAUACACAAGAAGACAAUGUGGACGAUGAACCAGAUGAGUUCGAACAGCAGCAGACAACUACUGCGUACGAAGAAUACGAGGAACCAGAAGAAGAGACAAAAGAUACGAAGACACAGGUACAAGAUGGUGGACGAACGAUCACAACUACUACCACCAAAACUGUUACAGAAUCGAAAGGAGACCCUAAAGGUGGGUCAAGUAGUAUGAAAGUAAAACAGGAGACAUCAACAAUCACUUCUCCUAAAACGACCAGUGUUCAACAGAAUGGAGUAGAUUCUCGUGUUACAACUCAAACAACAAGAGAAGAGGUACGUCAGACUGAAAUAUCAAAGAACAUGGCUAACAUGGCUGCUCCUGCUGCUGGUUUUGAUGAUGAUGAUGAAGAUGAUGAGGGCGUGUAUGAGAAUGUCCCCUCAGCUCCACGAACAGAUGUAUUUAGAGAAACAGAUGCUAAAGUUGAUGUCGAACUUCCCCAAUCUGGUAGAGCGUCAAACAUGAGAGAACGCUUCUUGAAAUUAGCAGGGGAAAGUGCUGCUGGUGCUCGAACCGCUGACCGUGAAUUGACCCCACCUCCAACAGUAAAAGGUAAAGUUGAAGCCGGUGUCUUUGAGAGUCAACCUUCUCCGAAAAGAACUGAUGUCUAUCGCCAGGAAACGAGACAGGAAGUUGUUUUACCUGAGAAAGGUAAAGCUUUGAAUACUGUACAAAAAUACAAAGAAAUAGCAAGUAAGGAAUUCAAAGGACCCGCCAACAAAAGGGAGAUCACUCCAGACCGUUCGGGUGUUGUAGAAUAUGUGAGUGAACCCAGAGCAGAGCAUAUGACCUACGAAGAAAAACCUUUGGAGGCUGGUAUAUUUGAAAGCAAACCUACUGUAAUCGAGAAUGUGUCUCGCUACGAGGACUAUGUGCCUGAUGCUCGCCCUCAGUCUGGAACGGCUAAAAGUAUCGCUUCUAAGUACAAGGAGAUAGAACGAAAUGCUGCUUUGCCACAGGCUGCUGCUAAUAGAAGGGAAAUAACUCCAGAUAAGAGCGGCCCCAAUGAAUUUGUCUCUGAACCAAGAGGACAACAUAUUACCUAUGAAGAGAAAGUCGAAGCUGGUAUAUAUGAAAAUGAACCUGCACCAGUUAGACAAGAUAUCUACCGACACGAAGAAUAUUACGUCGAAGAACCCUUACCAGAAAAAGGUUAUGCCAAGAAUCUUGCUGCAAGAUUUCGCGAGAUUGAACAAAAAGCUGCCAUCCCCAGAACCUCAGGUCAUCGAGUAUCUCCACCGAAAGAUGAUAAUAGGAAUGUCUAUGAAAAUGAGCCAACUGCUUCUCCAGUUACUUAUAAAGAAGCAGUAGUGCAACCAGAUGUUGUUCCAGAGAAAGGUCUUGCAAAAAAUUUGGCCUCAAGAUACAAGAAAAUAGAAGAAGAAAACCUUAAAGCUCGAUCUGGCAACCGUCAAGUCAAGGAAUUCACACCACCCAAGGAUGAGAGGACCGUUUUUGAAAGUGCUCCAACACCCUCGAGAUUACAGUAUGAGGAAAUUGUACCAGAAAGUGGUAUCCUAGAAAGCCAGCCAACAGUACGCGACGAUGUAUACCGGUACACUGACGCCAAAGAUAUCGAAGUCGAAUUACCAGAACGAGGUGCCGCCAAAAAUCUCCUGUCAAAAUGGAAACAGAUAGAGAGUGAGAGUGCUAAAGGAUCUCCACCGACCCCUGGUCGAGUGAAGGAAUUUACGCCACCAAGAGAAGAAGAAAGAAUAAAACAGUUACGGAGUCCCAAAACACCCCCUAGUGGUCAGAAUAAUAGUGUACACCCUAACGACCUCCCGGGACAAUAUCACCCAAUUAACGAACCCACCGUUUUCGAGAGUAAACCAACUCCACAACGAGAAGAUUUGUAUCGAGAAGCAGAUACUGAUUGGACCGUUGGUUUACCAAAAGCCAAUAAAACUAAAAAGGUCCUCGCUAAGUUCCAGGCGAUUCAGGCUCAAACAACGUCGUCAUCUCCUGUGAGUAGGAAGGCACAUGAUGAUAUGGAUAUCCCCACUCCUGUUAGAGAAAAUAAGUCUCCAACUACAUCUCCCCGGCCUAUAGAAAAAGAACACAAGCUGGUGCCUAAAAAAGCUGGACAUUUUGUUGCUGUGCAGAAUGAAAAAUGUGGAGCUUGCCAGAAAACAGUUUACGCCAUGGAAAAAGUCGAAAUGAACAAAAAUGCGUAUCAUCGAGCUUGUUUCAAAUGCUCACAGUGUCGAGCAGUACUCACGCCUAAAACUUUCGCCAUCAACGCUGGCACUAUGUUUUGUACAAGUCACUAUAAACAGCUUUUUGCACGCAAGGGGAAUUAUGACGAGGGAUUCGGCAGACCACAACAUAAAAAGAAAUGGAAGAGUGAAUCAAAUUUAUUAGACGGAGAAUUACAUGAAAUGGAACAUGAAAUAGAAGCAUAGAAUUUGAAAAUAAAAUAAUAUCUUAUAUAAAAAAAUAUAAACUUUUAUAAUAUUAACAUCAACCUUGUAUUAUAGGAUUUAAUAUAUAAUCAGAUAUUUUAUGGGAAAUAUUGAAAACUCUGAAAAUUUGUACAAAAUAAUCAAAGAAUGCAUGCACAGAAAAUCUAUAAAUAGAACUGUCAAUCAAAUAUGUAAAUAUAUACCAGACUGCCACCAUUACGGUGAUUUGUUUAAUUGUGAUAUUUCAUAUCGCGAAAUACCAAAGUUAUUAAAUAAUUCGUCGUAGUACCAUUCAUCAAUUUCUUUUGAUAUAGUUUUGAAAAUGUCCCCCAUAUUUACAUAGUUAAUAAUAGAUUAAAUAAUUAAACUUAUGUCUGAUUGGUCGAAUCUGCCUUGUCCCUCAUGAAAGAAGUGAUAUGAUUGGAUGCGUUGAGUGAUCUGUGUAUGAAGAUUAUAGACAUUGCUCUGUCAAGUUUGGUGCGCUAAUAAUUGUUAGGUUUUUUUUUUAUUUGUUUAUACGUACGUUUCAUAUCAUGCUUUGAUAAGAAUUAUUAUAUAUUUUUUUGUUUCGAACAAAUCGAAAGAGGGAGGAGAGUUAUGACAUACGACAAAAAAGAAAAAAAAUCAAAUGAGAAACAAGUUUCACAAAUUAUCUCCCCUAUUCAUGUAUUUAUAUCAAUGUAUAUUUAUAUUCUUUGUGUAUUCUUCCCCUGUAGAAAUAUCGUAUCUAGCCCCUUUUAUUUUAGUAUAAAUAUUUAUUAAACCUUGGAGCCAAUAGUUUCCAAAAGAAACAGUAUUUGAAAUUAAGAGCAUUGACUUUCGCAUUGUGCCCCUUUUAUUUUAGUAUAAAAUACUUAUUGAACCUUGGAGCCAAUAGUUUCCAGAAGAAACAGUAUUUGAAAUUUUAGCCUAAGUGUAUCGACUUUCGCAUUGCGCAAAAGUAAAGCUUGUAAUCCUAAUGUUUAUUGUUUAUCUUUAAAAAUAAUAAUGAUAUUUACCAAAUAAUCAGAAUAACUAUGGAUAAGUGAAAAAAUGUGUAAUUAAAUCUUGCUCAAUGUUUCCAAAAAAAAAAAUGAUUAAAAAAUUUAAAAUUGAUGAUAAAAGGUUUAGGCUGUGUUCACAGUAGUUAACUUUGAGUAAAACAUAGUUUUGAAUAGCAUUAAAAAUAUUGUUCUAAACCUGUUUUGAAAUGGGUAAAACCAAUGUGAACACAGCCUUAGGCCAAGAUGUGUAGUGAGGAAACCAUAGGGGUAGUCGAUUAAAUGUUAUGGAACAGAAAUUCAAUCCCAGAUAACAUGGUGAUGUGAAUUUUACGUUACUUUUACGUCAUUUGAGUUAAACUUUAGAAAUAGGAUGUAAAUCUAGCGUUAAUUUUAUGACGGUUUUCUUACUAAUUCUUUUAAACAUGAUGCAUUCGGUGACGGAAUAUUAUUCAACAUUAUCGAUCAAUCCCUACAACUGAAUCUCUUGAUUCCGUUAUAAUUCUGUUCACACCAGGACUGUGACAGGACUUGACGCCAUAUUCUGUUCCAGGCUAACAGUCGAGCAACCCCUAUGUGUGACUCAAAAGAGGCAUAAUUUAUAUAAAGCAUUUUAUAACUGAUUUGUUUAAUAGAUUAAUUGUUCUAUAAAAGCUUGAUAGUAGAUAAUUAAGAGUAAAGUAUAAAGCGCUGCUUGCACAAACUAACACAAAAUAUACAGAGGACUAUAUUAGGCAUCUUGCUAACCUACAAUGGUAUAAGAGAUGAAGAGAUAUCUUGGUAAGAAGAUAUCCUCAACAAGUGAAAUUAAAUUGUUGUUUAAUCACCUCUGAGUUACAAAAAAAAAACCAGUCAGAAUUACUAAAUAUACUAAUACUUAAUAUUAAAAUCAAAACUUUCAAUAUUUUUGUAGUUUGUAAUUUUAUAAAAUUAUUUGAAUUCUUACAUUUUCAAUGUGCUUAAAUCGAUCUCUUAAAUAUACCCAUGAUUUAAGAUAAAUAUGUAUGGGCUAUUUUACUUAUUCUCAUUGCAAAGUUAUUUAUAAUUGUUUUCUUUUAUGUGUUCAAUCAGACAUAUCUUGUUUAACCCAGAUGCUAAAUACCAUCAAUUGUAACACGUGGUGCAGCCUAAAGAAAAUCAGUUAUACGCAUGACAAGAGUGCCAUAACAAAAGCCUCACUUACUUUAGCAGCUCGAGUACUUUUGAACUCCUGUGUGCAAAAUAAUGGUGCUAAAUGGCCACAAGACAUGUUUUAUUUGAAUGACGAAAUACUCAUCUUGCGGUCAGCCCAGUAAAACAGAUGUAUCAUGUGGAAGGACAAAAUAACGUUAGCUGGAAGAAUUAAACAAAAUGUUACCAGUAGUGGUUGGGUUAAAGUUUUUAGAAAUUUCUUUGGGUCAGCUGGAUUUGAUUAAAACACUUAUUCCAGAUGGUCAAAUCAUAGAAAUAUUCUGUCAUCAAAGCAUCUGGGUUUUUCAAGAUUUGAUAAAUGAUGAUAUUCUAUACAACUAUUUAUAAUAACUUUCUUCGUAUCAAUCAGAUUAAAAUCUGAUGCUCAUUUCGUUUCACUUUAUUUUUGUAUGUUAGAUGACCACUGCAAUCAUUUCUGGCAUAAUCAGAUCACCAAUCCAAAUGUCUGUAUUGGUAUACAGUGCUGCCUAUCCUUGUUAAUUAUGGGAAUGAUUCUUAUUGGAUUUAUGACAAUUUGGAAUGUGACACCUUAGUGUCGAAAUUGGUAUACAGGGCUGUAAGUUAUGAGAAGGAUCCUGGACAUUGAUUGUCUAAUUUUAUGAUCAGAAUAGAACUAGCUGUGACAGAACAUGGUGAUGUGAUAGAAAUAUGGAAAACUUUAAACAGAACGAAACAUGGUAGAAACUUGGAAAGGUUACAGAUUAGCGUGAAAAAAAAAAUGUGAACGAAAUUUUUAAUCUAAUUUUAAUCUGAUUGUCUUUAUGUCAUAUUAAAUAAAUUGAUCAUCUAUUUGUAUCUCAUGUUUAUAUCUGUACAUUGCUGCUAUCUGUUGUAGUCAAUAUCUCAUUAUAAUCAUAUUGUAUAUUAUAUUUAGCUCAUUCUUAUUCUAUAAGAACUAUGAGGCUUGUACGUAUCAAAAUGACUUUUUACUUUUGUUAAUGAUGUAGUAUUCAUUGUGUAUCUUUUGUGCUAUUUAUACUUUUUGUCAUCUAGGAAUUUUAAUUCAGUAUUGUCUGUGGCUAUCUUUUUCGAUUGCAAUGAUUUAUGAUAAUGGAUGUGAAUGGAUGAUGAUGAUUAAAGGGGGGUAAUUAGGUAAUUAUUCAAGGGAGAUAAUUGCAAGAUUGUAGUUGUUGAGCUGAUUGGUUUCAACAAGGAUGACGUAAAGCACUUUUGAAUUAUGCAAGUUUAAUUAGUUAUCAAUCUUUGUUUAUGGUUUAAAAAAUUGAUUGUGCUUAGUUUUUGUAACUCUUAUCAUUGCAAUAAAUCAUGACGCUUAAUUCACACACA